AUGUCAGAACCUCAGACCAGUGCCAAAGUGGUGAUAUACACGACUAAAGGCCGCAUUGAUAUAGAGUUAUGGGCCAAGGAAAAGCCUUCUCACGCGAGGAGAUUCUUGGAAGCCUGCCAUGGAGGGUCAUUGAUCGAUCAAUCACUGUGUCAACUUUCAAAGAACCGGGAUUGUAUCAUGAUGUCAAAGCUUUCGAGCACAGAGAAGCUUCCGAGUGAACACAACGGCAGAAUACGAUUCAGUAAAGCAGGAAUGCUCGGCUGGGAUUGUCGUUACCAAAGAUGGUUCAUCACCUUGAGUGUCUUUGCAGAUAACGAUGACGAGAGAAUUGCACUGGGUAAAUUGGUCGAUAACUCUAUUUACUCCUUGAGAAGAAUAGUCGAUGAGAGUGAGCUGGACUCUGAGAAUUGCUUGAAGUACCCCGCUACUAUUUGCAAGGUCGAAGUGACGAUUCCUUUCUUUAGCGAUCUACAGCAAGCGGCUGUGAAUCACAAGGCUUCGGUGAGCAAGAAGGAGCCUUCUGUGAAAGCAGCGAAAGUCAGAAUACGUUAUAACUACGAUGAAGAUGAUGAAGAUGAUGAAGGCUCUAUUCCUGCAAAAAGGAUGAAGAUAAAGUUGCCAGCAAUUAUAGCGGAACCCAGACUAGAGGAAUAUCAUCAACACAAUCCCGAAGAAGAGAUAAAAGAGGGCGACAGGGCUGAAGACAGCGAUGAGGUUGAGGAAGAAGACAAGGAAGAGCAUGAUGUUAAGGAAGAGUAUGGGAAUAUCCAGAUGGAAAUUAUCGACACCGGAAGCCAGACAAGUGGUAAAAGGAACCUGGAUAGUCGAGAACAAGAGACGCUACGAAUGCUCGCAUUAUUCGAAGAGAGGAUGAAAGGUAAAACCAUCAUCAACAGACCUUCGGAUGUCAAACGUAAGCCGUAA